AUGGCUCCUCAACCUCAAACCCGUCGACCUCACUUCGAGUCCUUCCCAGACGAGGAAACCCCUCUGAUCCCACCGACCCAUGACCCGUCAAUCGAGCCCAAGAGUCGCUCGCCUUGGCUCGACGAGACUGUCAUACUCGUCAAAGCCUCUGUACCGGUCAUAUUGGCCUACAUGCUCCAAAACAGCCUUCAAACAGUCUCUAUUCUCAUGGUUGGCCGUCUUUCACCCAAAUCACUUGCAACCGCUGCCUUCUCCUACAUGUUCGCCAUGGCAACAGCUUGGCUGAUUGCUCUCGGCGGUACUACCGCCCUCGAUACGCUCGGCUCGAGUACCUAUACAAGUUCGAAGAAUAAACACGACCUGGGAAUACUGCUGCAGAGGGGCUUGUUUGUCUUGUCGGGCUUCUAUGCGGUGGUCGCUGUUAUAUGGUGCUUCUCUGGAUACAUCUUUCGGAGCCUUGGACAGGAAGAGUUUAUCUGUGUUCAGGGACCCAAGUUCUUGCAGUUGCUGAUACCUGGUGGUCUUGGCUAUGUGUGGUUUGAGGCGAUGAAGAAGUUCCUUCAAGCUCAAGGGAUCUACCGCCCGGGCACCUAUGCAUUACUCGUCACCUCUCCUCUCAACGCUUUGCUCAACUACCUCUUCAUCUACCCUCUCGGCUUCGGGCUUUACGGAUCACCCAUUGCCACUGGUAUCUCGUACUGGCUCUCCUUCUUUAUCCUGGUUGGCUAUGCCACUUUUGUCAAGGGAGGCGAAUGCUGGGGCGGUCUUGAGCCACGUCGAGCUCUUCAACAUCUUGGUCCCUUUGCAAAGCUAGCUUUUCUAGGUGUCAUCCACGUUGGUACCGAGUGGUGGGCUUUUGAGAUUGUUGCUCUUGCAGCUGGCCGUCUUGGAACGAUCCCUCUUGCUGCCCAGUCGGUUGUCAUGACCCUGGAUCAAAUCAUCAACACCAUUCCCUUUGGACUUGGCGUUGCUGCCUCUUCUAGACUGGGCAAUCUCUUGGGAUUGGGAGAUCCUAUGCAGGCAAGACGCUGUGCUCACGCCGCAGCACUACUAUCCGUGUUCUUCGGAACCAUCAUCCUCGCGAUCCUCAUGUCUACCAAGAAUGUGAUCGGGCGCUUGUUCAACGACGAUGAGGACGUCAUUUCACUUGUCGCUCACAUCAUGCCUUAUGUAGCACUAUUCCAGAUAGCCGAUGGUCUAAAUGGAAGCUGUGGAGGAGCGCUGCGAGGCAUGGGCCGACAGUGGGUUGGUGCACUUGUCAAUUGUGUUAGCUACUACGGAGGUGCUCUACCCGCUGGGAUUUGGCUCGCUUUUCAUGGAUGGGGACUUUCUGGGCUUUGGGUUGGACAAUGUGUCGCACUGUUUCUGGUUGGUAUUCUAGAGUGGAUUAUAAUUGCUUUGUGUGACUGGCGAAAAGAGAUACAGAGGGCUGCAGAGAGAAUUGAGAACGGUGGCAUGGAGAUUGUCCAUUGA